GGGAGGCUCGGCUUAGCCUGGGUAACGCCCCCUCUUGUUGACGCCCGCGCUGUUAUAGCGACGCCAAGACUCCUGCAGAAAUCCUGGGGAGCUUGGCUCAAUGGGGUUGCUUUGGUUGAUGCCGUUGCAGGAGAUGUGAGUUCCUCUUUCUCCGAGCUGUUUUCAUGGGGUCUUGGCAGUCUCUGAGGUCUAGUUCCCCCUCCCCUAAGUGGCCAGCAGAAGAGGAGGAUGACUUUCUGAAUGGCAGGGAUCGGGAGGAAGACAUCGCCAAAUUCCCUUAUGUGGAAUUCACUGGGCGGGACAGCAUCACCUGCCCCUCUUGCCAGGGCAGUGGCUACAUCCCUACAGAGCAAGUUAAUGAACUGGUGGCUCUAAUACCCUAUCAUGACCAGAGGUUAAAACCUCGGAGGACGAAAUUCUACGUCUUGAUGUCGGUGCUGCUUUGCCUCCUGGUUUCUGGGCUUGUGGUCUUCUUCCUCUUUCCACAUUCGGUCGUUGUGAAGGACAAUGGCAUCAAAGUGGUUAGGGUGCGGUUUGACCGAAAGAAUUCCCUCGUUAUCCUCACCAUCAUGGCAACCCUUCGAAUCAGAAACUCCAAUUUCUACUCAGUGGCAGUAACCAGCUUGACCAGUCAGGUGCAAUACAUGAAUUCUGUGGUUGGGACACACCAGAUGAACAAUGUUACCAGGAUCCAGCCGCUGAGUGACAAGCUGGUGAAUUUCACAGUAAAGUCCAAAAUGGGUGGACCUUCUUUUUAUGCAUACUUCUUUUGCACGUUAUCCAGAAUCAGAGUGCACAACAUUGUGAUUUUCAUGAGGACUUCUGUGAAGAUCUCCUACCUCGGCCAAGUAACUCAGAGUUCUUUGGAGACAUAUCAUUAUAUUGACUGUGGUGCAAAUUUCACGACUGCUUCCGGGCCUGAGCCCCCGCCAGCAACUCCAGAAGAUGUACCCCCCAAAAAAGAGUAGUGUGAAGAAGCUAACAGUUCUUCAGUGACUCUAGCAAGCUGGCUUCUUCCAUUGAAUGGCCAUAGAGCUGCUCUGCUCAUGAUGGCGCCAUAGUUUCAUAGAAGGAAAAAGAGAUAGUGCUGCAUAAGCGUAUAGCUCUUCUUCUGCCUGGUUGUGUGGGGCCAGGUUCUUCUUGGCUCUUCUCUUGACCUUGUCAACACAGAAGGUUUUCUAGCUUGUUAUUGGGUUAUUAGUUGGUGUUGCUUCUGAAGGCCACCCUGUUGAGUGUCUUGACUUUGGGAAACCAAGAAAAUCUGUAUCUGCUUUAUCCUUUUGUCUCUGGAGUGAAAUAACUCCAGGGAAGACUGUUCCCAACUUGCCUUUUGCAACAGAAGGAAUAGAUAUCCUUAAUUUGAAUGGGAGGAACUCUCAAACUGACCUCUUGAGUGCUGGUUUUAUGAUUUUUGCUAGUAAAGCAUAACAAAGAGCAGUCAAUUGAGAAUAUCUUUAGAGUGAACCCAAUAGAAACAAAUUUUUGCAAUGGGACAACUCUUAUGCUGGGGAGUGGGGAUGGUAAUUCUUAUAAACAGAAUGGGAAUCUUCAUAGGAAGACUGUCUAAGGUAGCUUUAACCCUUUUUCGUGGUAUGCUGUUCACAAGUUCUUUCUAAAUGUAGGGUUCUAUGGGAAUGCUGUUGAUCUAGAGAGUGUCCCUUUCUCUGUUAUCUGCUUUUGGUUCUUUAGGAACUAGCUCUAGAGAAGGACAGAGUCUUGGUAAUGGGGAAACUUAUGAACAAUUUUAGUGUUUUACCUGUUGCCUUGACCCACCAGUAACUACUUGAUGGAAGGGCUUCCAACAGCGGAGCAUGAUUUUCUUCUCUCUUCCUGCUGCAUCCUGAACUAUCCCCUGAAAAUGCUGCACCUGAGAUAUGAGGGACCCCCCCCUCAAGAAUGACAUGGGUGUUGGAGGUCCGAAGGAGCGAGAAUUCAUGAAAACGGCUUCCCUUCCAUCACUGGAAAUAUUAGGCAGGAUCCCAUCCCUUGUGGCUGGUUCAGCUAGCUAGCCUAUUUAUUUUAAGAGGAUGAGGGAAGAGACUUUAUAUUUCCCGUAAAGAAAGCUGUGUAUCCUCUAUGAGUAGCUGUGUACAUGGAUUUCCUUUUCCCUCAGGAAUGCAGCUGGGCUAAGUUCACCUACAGCUGCAGCAGAAUCCUCAAGAGGGCAGUAGUUGUUGACACUCUGCAUUUUGUAGAUGUAUAUUUAAAUGACAGUUCAGUUCCUAAAAUAAAGGGCUGGCUCCUAAGCACUGCGAGUGGUGCAGUACUCACAGAAUGGAA